GCCCCUCCAAGAUGGCGGCGGCCGAGCAGCAGCCGCCGGCGGUCGAUGGCGGCAAGGCGCUGAGCGCGUUGCUGGGCGGCAUCGCGCAGGCCGCCUACUACGGCAAGGUCGACAUCACGGAGGAGCUGCUGCGCGGGCAGCUCUACCCCGAGGCGGCGCCGGAGGAGUUCCGCGCCCUGCGCGCCAAGAUGGGCGGCCUGCUGCAGAUCUGCAGUUGCAGUCAUGUAAUGUACUCAGCACUGUGUGUUGUGAGUCCUGUCCAAGCAGGAAGCUUAGCAGAAAGUCAGAGUAACCCAAACCUGGAGAUAUUUACGCAUCCACCGGAUGCCCACUGCCUGGUUAAUGUCUCCUUGGCAAUAACUCCAAAGGCUCUACAGUCAAUUGCUUCAGCUGACAUGGAUUUGAAUCAGCUGGAAGCUUUUCUCACUGCCCAAACAAAAAAGCAAGGUGGCAUCACGUCAGAUCAAGCUGCAGUCAUUGCCAAAUUUUGGAAAAACCACCGAGUGAAGAUUCAUGAGAGCCUGGUAAAUCAAAGCUGCUGGGAUAACGUCUUGAAAAACAUGAACUGGAGAGUGGAUUUGAAGUCACAGUCAAGACAUGUUGAUCAGAUAAAUACUCCAGUUGCAAUAGUUGAAAUGGAGCUGGGAAAAUAUGGUCAGUGUUCACCCUGGAAGGCAGCACGUUAAAAGAAGUCAGCGUUGGGGAGGGUCUCUGAUGGUUGAGUUGCAGCAGCCCGGCUCGCCUGGUCUGAAGUAAUGAGGUGUGACAGCGUGAGAGCAGCACGUCGUGCUCAAACCAAUAACCUCUUUCAGGAAAUUACACUUCUGCUCUAAGCAGUCGUUCUGAAUUAUCUGCAGCUAAUUUUAAGCUGCCUGCUUUUAUGGAAAUGGAGUGCUUACAUUUCCAAUGAGUAUCACCAUGAUGCUUACAGGCUGCUGUAAAGCAUGACUGCCUGGGAAAAAGCUGAAGCCCAAUCCAACUUAAUUAAGCUGGAACCUGCUUCUACCUUGAAAUAUCUUUGUUAUCAAAUGAGAACAAACGUGAUGCUUGACAGAAUUGGCUUUUGCGUUACCCACUGCGGUGAGGACUUGAAAAAGAGCUGUUGUCUUACUGGUGGUGCACUCACCGGUCCAACAGUGUCUUCUGGUGGUUCUCUUGCUGCCUCUUUCUACAGUAGCAGAAGAUGCUGAUUGAAACCAGUAGACUUCCAUGUGUACUGAAAUGUACAGGUGAAUCAUGGAUCAGUUCAGCUUUCUGCAUUGAACCACUCCCUUGUACAAAGAGCAUGUGUCUUCAUGGACUCCAGAAGAAAGCGAAUAUUACUGCCUUAGCUGUAGGGCCUGUUGUUUGGUGAGGUAAAUCCUACCCUUUGAACUGGAUAAUGAUUAAUGGUGGUUCGCAGCCACCCUUCUCAGAUGAACACUGUGGGCAGAACCUGGUUGCUUAGUUCAUCUUGGGCCAGAUGGGCAGGCUGGUUUCCCAACCUUCUUUCUAGGAAGCAGAAGAGAGGGGAAGCUUAACCCUGGGGGAAGUGCUUGAGUCAGUAUCAUUAAUCUCUGUCUGCUGGGUGACAGCAACCUGGGUUUCACAUAUGAAUGAAAGGAUAAAGAAAACCUCUUUGAAUAGAUGGGUGUUUUUCUUAAGCCAUACUAAACAAACCUGGACUUCCAGAGCAGUGCUACAUACAAGUUUAAGCAUGCCAAACGCUGUGUAGCAGUUAUGGCUCUGAUAAGCAAGCAGUAAUCCAGGUGUGCUGAAAUACUGUAAUUGUCUGAAUAUUGUGUGUGACCUAGCUGCUUUGUGUCAUAGCACUUUGCUCUGCAAACACCUUCAGUUGAGCUUGGUGGAUGCCAGAGAAGAGCAGAUAGCAGGCAGACAGUGCCCUCAGCUAAGAGGGUUUGGGCUGCAGUGGAUAAACAGAUCUAUUUCAAAGACCUUGAGCUUCUGUCUCUGGGGGUUGAAGAGAAAGCUUUAGACACUGCUUUUCUUAGUCACUACGUACUGGAGGAGCACUUUUGCAGCUAGAAGUGUGCUAAUCUCCCUGCAGUGGCAGCUUGCUAUGCAAGGAGCUGUGGCUCGGAUCAUGCGGAGAGCAGGAGAAUGGUGCUGUGCUCCAGGACUGUGAUACAACCUUGGCUUUUCAGCCCCUUCUUGUGUAUUCCCUGCAGCUCCCACUAUCAAUCCCAGGAGAGAUGCUGACCCAUACCCUUGCAGAGCCCUGGGGUGGAGGGCUGAGCAUUGCAAGCACUUAUACCUGCGAAUCCCAAGGGGAUGCACUGUCCAGCAGCUCUCCCUCCCCUACCCGCUGCAGGACAGGUCUUUCUUAUUCAGGUGAGGGGCUGUCAGCAGUGCUCUUCCCUUGUCCUCUCACUGCUUUCCCCAUCUGGCAUACCCAGCUUGAAUGCAGUUCCUCUGCAUGCUCCCACGGCGCCCUUUGCUUGGCUGUGGUUGUGUUUGUUUUCACUCCCACACUGUCACCGUUUCAUUCACUGCCCAGAAUAAUAAGGGGCUUGUUGAAAGGUGCUGUUAAGUAGCUUGUUGUCUUCAUUUGUUCCCUCUUAUUUAUUGAACGUUCUUUUUCAGUGUGCUUUGAAUACAAAAUUAUUGAUUUCUUCAUGUUUUAUUGUAAUAAUGUUUAUUACUGGGGAGGCUCCUAGGCAGGCCAUCUAACUAUCAUAAAAAUCCCAUAAAUACCAAUCAGCUAUGAUGGUAUUGCAAUUCCUAUCUCAGAGGUGCAAUCUGAGGACAGAAGAUGCAACUACAAAGAUUUCCACUAAUUUUGGCACUCAGUUUGGAAAACACUUAAAUUGAGCUUCCAACCAUGGUAGUGUGGCCAGAGUGCAUUUCUGAUGGCACACCUGUAGCUGUGACAGCAUGUUUGGUGUGAUGCUGCUCAGCAAGCUUUCCUGUUAAGGCACAGCCCAGUUCUCCUGGUAUUGCUCUGCUGUUUUAACCAUAAUGUCUUCCUUUCUCUUCCUGCAGCUUCCCAUCUGCCUUGCCCCAUGCUUUCCAGCUUCUGCCGUCAAUGACCUGGGCAGAGCACAGCCUCAGCACACAGCCCUGUUUCAUUUCUGGCACACCAAACGCCAUGGAUUAGUGGGAUCUGGUUGUCACAGACUGUUGCAGUGCAUGUGCCAAAGGGCAGAAUGCUGUUUAAUGUUGCCUGGCAACUCUAAUUCCAGUGUUUUCUGUGUUUUGAGAAUUUUGUUUUGCAGAGCUCGUGUGCUUUGAGUUAACUCAUUAAGGAGGAAGUUGAAAAGAAUUUAAGGUGGUGUGCAGAAAGUCCUGGCUCUGACUGCCCCUAUUUAUGCAAGAACCUGUGAGCAAAUAAGUUUACCUAAUGGUUACAUGCAAAUAAAGGCAGAACACUUAAGAUAUUCAUGAGCCACUAGAGAAAAUAUUCCUGGGAUUCUUUCAGCCAAAGAAAGCCUGAGUUGGAGGUAGAGCAGAGCAAAACAUCAAUGCCUCCCUGUCCAGAACCUGGCAAAGGGCUUUUAGUGCCUCUCUCUCCUUUCCCUGUUGUUGCAGUGCAAGUGAAAUGGUGCUUUUAUCUCAAGUGGUUUCCCUAGAUACUAGAUACUUGUGCUCCCUGCGAGUGUGUGUAAUAUACUGCCUCUUCCUCCUAACAUCUUUUUUUCCAGACUUGGUAGUGCUGAGCAGUCAUGCUUCAUACAUAGUGAAAUGUAAGCUUGGUUAUACUGAAUGCUGUCUGGACAGUGAGGUGAAUCUAUGGUUUAAAUAAGUAGGUAACCAUGGAGAAAAGCAAUUACACUGGUGUGUAGUAGGAUGCCUGUAAUACAGUGGUGCUUUUUGAAACCUGAGGCUGCCCAGCUGCACCAGAAGUCCACCCUGGGCAGGUGCUGCCACUCUUUUCUUGGCUAAAAUGAGCAUUCUGCCACUUUAGAAAGCCAAGCUGGGAGCACACUAUAAAGCAAUUAGCCUAUAGGAAUUACUUGGCACCGAGUGCUCCAAUGUAUUCUAUUAAUAAGCUUUAUCGGGUAGGUUUGUGCAUUUGAGCUGUAUAACUUUGUACAUAAUGACGCUUAAAGUGAGAAUCAGCUUUGUCCUUGGGAUUAGUACCAACGAAACCCAGACUUGGAGGUUUCAAAGUGUCAAACCCUGGAGGUUUCACUAGCAGCAGUGCUGGGGCUGGGCAGAGUGCAGCAUUGCACGUUGGCAUUGUAAGCAAGCUGCAUUUUUCGUGAAGGAUGCAAAACACUCAAUUAAAAUGAGACAUCAGACUGUACAAAUGAUUUUGCAUGCUAGGGGUCCCCGUGGCUGUAAAGCCUGCGAGGAGACAGUUUUUCCUUUCUGAUGUUUUUCCCCCUUUGGACUAGAGGAUCAUGUGGCAAUCACAGCUUAAGCGGGGUGCCAUCAAAGGCCUGGGUAGAUUUACCAGACUGAGAGAACUUCUGGUGUGUGCCUUGGAUGCAGUCUUUGUGUGUCUCAUUUAACAUCAGCUAACUGCAGGGUCAUGAUCUUUUUUCAUUUUAUUUAACUUCCCUCCGGACUUCAUCUGUCAUCUGCUUGCAGCCUGUACAGAGGUCUUCCUCUUUCGCCCUCUGCUCUCUUAAUAAAAAGGACUUAUCUGAAGAUAAGUUCUGAGGAUUGAAGAUCAACAUGCAUGAACAAAUGGGUCCAUUUAUUUAGAGAAGACUAGCUCUGUAUGUUCCGUGCUGAAAUAGAUUUAUUUUUUUCCCCUUUCCCCAGUGGUAAACAUAAUUCACAGUACAAGCAUUGUUAAUGCCAAGCGCCUGCCCAGCAUCCUGUUGACACUUGAUGGUAUUUUUGAGAGAGAUGAAGGUUGGGUCAGCACAGUGGGUGGAACAUCACUUUUUGUGCUGAAACGAAGCAUGUUCAAGUCUGUUUUGUUAAUAUUGUGAGGACACAUUUUGUCUCUCCUUUCGUUCUCCCCUGUUCAAAUGCAUCUUUAUCUCUCCGGCUUGCUAUAUAGACUUGGCAGGUGCUAAUUAGGGACAGACUAGGUGGAAAGCAGUAAGUCAGCUGCUGAGGAAAAGAUUUGGCCUUUUUGGAUC